CCGAGCACCGGGAGCCGCUCGACAGCGCAAAGGGACUGGGACUACUUUCUUCUUCUGCUUCUUCUUCUUCUUCUUCUUCUUCGUCGUCCUCUGACCUAAAGGAGGAGGACGUCGCUCGGCCUCGGCUCGGCUCCGUGGAGUCCGUCUGUCCGUCCGUCUGUCUGUCUGUCUGUCUGUCUGCGUGGAAGCGGAGUCACCUGGAAACCCGUGGGCGGGGGAGAGGGGAGACCGAGGGCUUGUUGUUUGGGUUUUUUUCUUCCCUCCGCGUUUGAAACGCUGGCAGGAGAGAAGUUGCCUCCUCGAGACUUCCGCGGUUUGCUCGCCGAGCAAGUGGCCCGGGACAAAGGGACGAAGCCCGGUCUCCUCUUAUGCGGUCCCGGGCGCUCUGAGCCAUGCCUGGCCACAGCACAGGGGCUCCCCAGGCGUCCCGCCACCACAAGCACCACAGCUCCGGCUCCGGCUCCAGGGUGGAAAAGCACAGGCACGCUCGGACGAUCUCCAGGGAGAGCCAAGACUCCUGCAAGGAUCCUCACGGGGAGCAUCUGCACGAGCACAACACUGACCACUCCCGGUACUCAGAGAACAAGUACAGUCGCAGCAGAGGCCACCCACGGAACGGCACGGCACGGGGCUCGGAGACUAUCGGAUUUAUCCCCGGGUCCGCAGACAACACGCCCAGCACCAGACAUGCCUGUGGCUCCUGUGCCUCGGUGGGCUGGGGCAGCUGCAAGGCUCUUAUCUGCUGCGUAUUGACCUGUGGAUUUUAUGGCAGCCGAGAGCCCUGUCUGCCUGUUAACGAGAGCUCCACAGACCAUCCCCCUAAAGCGGGCGGCGAGCCUCACCCUCCGAAUGGCAUGGCCGUGUGCAACCCCACCUGUGGCAUUCCCCUGGAGUCCAGCAAGGCCACCAAGGCCUCCAAGUUGCCCACGAGUGACAGCUUCCGCUACCCGGAUGUGCGCAUCGCGGGUCAGACAGUAAGGUACCCGGUCGCCGCCCCAAAACGGACCCGUGCGCCCGGUAAAGGGGAAAGCCACAGGCCGGUCAGCAACACCAGCCUGCUCUCCCGCGAGGACUACGACUUGGACGACUUGAGCGACACGGGCACGGACAUCGACUCCCUCAUCACCAAGAAGCUGCUGGAGCUGUACGCCCUGCACCAGAUCGACCAGCUGGCCAAGUGCACGUCCGACUCCUCGUUCUCCCGCAAGACCAACGAGAUCAGCGAGCUCAUCUACAGCAUCGCUCAGGACUACAACCUGGAGGAGCAGGAGGCCGAGUGCAAGCUGGUGCACGGUGUCAUUCGCAUCAGCACGCGGAAGGGCAAGAGGAACAAGAGCCACCAGUCCACAGGACAGCGUGCCAACGGCAGGAGUGACGGGACUCUACCCGACAGCGGCAACGAGACCAUGACCAACACCUUCAUGAGCAGUGACUAUCCGGAGGUGAAAGUGUCGGAGCAGACGCCGUCGGACGAGCUGGCGAGGAAGAUGAGACAUUACAGCGGGAAAACAUACUCCUCCAGCACGACUACCACCUACUCGCCCUACCACCACGACACUGAAACAGACUCUUCGGGCGCUCCUCUGCUCCUCUGAAGGGGCAACACCGGAGCUAAAGUAGCUACGUCGACGAGGGAUGUAAGCAACAACGGUUGGACAAUUUUAUCCGUCUUCUGUCAUUUACUGCUGUUACAGAGCGGAGCACCUUUUUUGGGCAGUCGUUCUUCUUUUAGUGGUCUAAUGUUUCCCGUGGGAGUGUCACUUAAAUUCAAGGACAUUUUUUUAAUCUUUCCAGCAAAUGUGCGACAGAGGAAACUUUUUUUUUUUUUUAAAUGACAAAAGGAAAGACAAAGCAAGUAUUUUUUGUAUUAGUAUGCAGUGUUUCAAGGUGGUGUCAGAAAAAGAAACGUGGCUAUACUCCGUGGAGUCUUUGCAGUCAACAUAACCGUCCUCAUUGUUACCUGUGAUUGUUUAUGCAAGCCAUUGUGUGUGUACUGUACGUCUGACUCCUGCCAUAUAGACUCCCGGCCUAGAGGCUUGUUGCGAUUUGAAAACUUUAUUUGUCAAGCCAUAUUUUUGAUGUACAUAUUUUUUAAGUCAAAUGUGACAUUCUGGGUUGUUUGGCCAUCUGUAGCACGUGGCUACCGUUUUUUUUUUACUCUCAGAUAAGUUCUGUUUUUAACAAAAUAAAAAUCCCUGCUUGUA